AUGAAGCAGGAACAAGCACUGGACGAUCGUGAUGCGGGUACGACCGAAAUCGAGCUUGGGAAUUCUGACAAGGCCUUCAGAUCAGAGCCAUUACUGCAGACUGGUGCAGGUGUCGUCUUCCUCAACGUAGACGAAUAUGCUGCACUUGUAGAGCUCGAUGCUCUCGAUAUCGUUCCGGGGCCUGUUGAUUUCGAGGAUGCUUUAGAAGUGCUAGACUUGACGUUAGCACUGCGGGAUUCUGCAGAUGACGAUGAGAUUUCGAUUGGCGUAACGGCCUUGGAAGAAGCACUCGCUUCGGUGGAGCUUCUGCUAGUUGCGAAGGAUGAUGAGCUAGUCUUUCUGGUGGACGAGGAUAACUUCGACACAUUCGAUGAUGAAGUUCGUGUUGGUUUUGAUGCUGAUGAACCGGAAAUCAAGGAGGAAGGCAAGCGUGAUGACGACGAGGAUGAUGCUGAGACCCUCGUAGACACAAGGAAACUCUUCGACGUGCUAGUUGAAUGGGCAGAAAUCUUCGUCGACCUCGAUAAUGUUGUCAGCGAUGAGAUGGGCAGACUCAUGCAGUGCGUAGUCUGA